AUGAAGAAACUACAGCCCGAACACAGACCAUUUUGUAAACCACAACGACGACAAAAAAUCAUCAAUCGUCCGAAUCAGGAUUCUCUGUGCAAAACAGACGAUAAAAACCAUGUUGCAGACCAAAUAAAACCGCGACCACUGGUGGACUGUCAAUUCUACAAUUUAAAAUAUAAGUUCGACGAGCUGCCAUUGGAUCCGGUUAAAGAGUUCAUUGUCGAAAAAACUUCACACAUGCAAUCGGAUGUUAUAACAGGACGUUGUAAUAAAGAACUUGACUUCCAUCAUUACGAAAUGGACCUGGUGAAAACGGAUGAUGUACACGGUGAUGACGGCAGCCUAAAUGAGUUGGAGUUGGAGGAUAUUGUGAUGCCAGAGAAAUUUGAAAUGCUUCGUGAAAAGAAAACUCAUUUCUAUGGAUAUAGCCACAAACCUACUGAAGAAAAAAUCUCGGAGGUCACAAAUAAUCUAAUAAAUAUCUACUGCACUCAUCGGGUUCGAAUUUUUUAUUUUGAUUGUCGUACACGAUCGACGUUAUUUACAAAUGAAUUGAGAAGAUUCUAUGGAAGUCCUUCUGAAGUGAUAGGAAGCUUGCGAAAUCCCAGUGCCAAAUAUUUACGUCUACCUGCAUUAAAAUCGCCUCCGAAGCCGGCCGCAUUCACCUCAGGCGAUCAUUAUGCCUUAAGGACGCCACAAGAGUGUCGAAAUGAAUUAUCUAGAAUGGGCAAAAUAAUUGAUAACCUGAUAGAGCCAACUUUAAAGCGAGCCAAGGAGAAUCUAAAACGUAAUGCAGAAACUGGACAUACAACAGAAGUGGAAAAGACAAGUCCACAAAAUAAACUAAAUAAAAAAGUAAAAGUGACUAAAGCAGAAACCACCACUAAACCACUAAAACGUAAAAACUUUAAAACCAAUGUAGAAUUUUUAUUACAUCUCAAAAAUAUCGACAAACAAAAAUUCAAAUAUCUAGAAGGAUAUAUGCCUGUGGAUCCAGAAGAACAGAAGAUACGAAUUAUGAAAAAUUACGAAUGCGAAUUAAAACAGGCUGAACAACUAUUUACACCACAAGUCGAAAGACGUUAUAAGUGUCUAAUGAAACAUCUUUCCAUAAUAACUUUAGAGACUUAUCCAUCGAAAUUGAUUAAGAAAGUUUUACCAAAAAUCAAUUCAAAACUUACAUUUCUACAGGAUGCAUACAAAUUUAUACAAAAAGAGGAGAAAUUAUGGCCUAAAAUAUUUCCUGAAAUUAUGUUAAUGGACUUCCUCUUCAGCAGCGAAAGACAAAUACCAACAGAUGUCGCUGUCUUAAUAAUAUCAUCGCUAAUAGAUCUUCAAGAAGAUUUCCGUUAUUUUGUAAAACGUGCAUUUCUAAGAUAUCUAUUGAGAUCUCCCCUAGAACGUAAACGAUUGCAGUUGGUGGCAGAGCCGCCUGAAUUUCCUAUAAUGACCAUCCGGGCUCCUGUACCGUGGAAGGUUUAUGUGCAGUUAGCACGAAAUCAUUUGGAUCAAGUGUUAAUGACUACACAUCCCGUUAUAAGAGCACUCAACUUGCUUUGGCAUCAGCUAUACCAUGAUUUAGUCAUUGUCGAUGUAUCUCAGAUAGUUAUACGUGAUGUGCCCAUGAAUGCCGAUGAGUUAAUAAAAUUUGUCCAAGAAAGUUGUGAUACCAUUCGUGAGUUACUGCUUAACGACUGGAUACCACGUUGUGCGGAUAUGUUGGAUGUAAUGCGUAAAACCUGGAAAGACUUAAUUCCGAUGCGUGGCCAGCAUGGUGGUCGUGCAGCUGUUUUAUUUCGUUGUGUUCACGCCUUAAUGUCACUUCACUUGGAAGGUUUAAUAACCAGAAGUUUAACUUAUUUGUAUAAAACUUUGUGCGAUUAUACGGCUGGUAAUGAUAUUGAAAAGUAUAAUAUGUACGAUGCCAAGCUUAAACGAAGACCACUGAUGACGUUGAUUGUGUCAGUUAUUGGGGUUCACUUUGAUAAUCCGGAAAGAGUUGAUUUCCCACCGAAAAGCAAAACACCACAAAUUUAUGAAGAAAAUGAAACUGAUGACGCAAAUCCAUUUCAAAAUAAAUCCGGUGGACAAUUUACAGAUCAUCGAUCACAUGAAGUCGAUUAUGUUGCCGAUUUUCUUUUGAAAAAUUGGGGAAAAUUACAUGCGUUUCCAUAUAUUGGAACAUUGCCAGAUCUAUUUAUUGAUAUAUUCAAACGUAUUCUCAAAGUGGGCUAUAAACUACCACGCCUGGAAUAUGUGAUGUCAAGAGAUCCAGAUACUUUCGGAUAUUUACACUGUAUCCCUGAAACACAUCCUGAUAUGUUAGCUUUAUACGAAAAAGUAACAACAAUUGUGAAAAACAAUUGGAGAGGUCCCAUUGUUUACCUGUUGCCAAUCUACAAAUACUAUUAUGCAUUCUUGGCGAAUAAAAUCCAACCAAUUGUUGAACAAAUCUUUACACAACGUAUUCUACCGGAUUUGAUUUCGAUUGAAAACGUUAUGAAAAAGCUGCGCUCCAUUAUUGAUGAAACGUACGUGUUACGUGAUUUUGUUCCCCUGAACCUUUUCAUGUUGGAUAAUCGUCAUGUUAAGCAAUCGAUUGUGACGAUGGUACAGCAAAUUUAUGAUUUUAUCAUUGACUUUUAUAUGGCUGUAAAUCUCAAUGAAAAUCGUGCGAUAUGUGACGCUCUCGAGGAAAUGUCAAUGAAAGCAGGUGAACGUCCGGAGGAAACUGCUGAAGUUGUUGCAUUACAAAAUUACCUGUCAGAAUGUCGGGAUGAACGUAUCUUUGCCAUAAAAGAUGAAAUAAAAAUUGUUGCGAAACGUGUCAUCUUCUUACUAACACAUACACAGCUAACAAGUGAGGAUAUUCACUUAAAUACGCGAACAUUUGUGUUGCCCUCGGAAUUAGAGGAAGUCUUAGAUCUAAGCGCUGCGCGUCUCAAUGUUGUGCGUGAUAAUUUGGAAUUUGCUCUGCGUGAAAAACGUGUAAAAUUCGAGCAAUUAAUUUUGUAUGAAAAACGUCGCAUGGAUGGCUUUCGUGUUAAAGAAACUCGUGAUGUUCUUACUUUGGAUGAGCUUAAGGAACGUGUCGAUACUGUCGAUGAAUUAUUCGAUCUUAUCGAGAAUCUCAGUCGUGAGGCAAAGGCAAUUAAUAUCGAGGAACAAUUGUUACAAAUUGAUGUCUCGCCGUUUGCUACAUUGGCAGAAAUCGUGGAAAAAAUGGAACCCAUCGAAAAGCUCUGGAAAACGGCAUAUGAAUUCGAAAAGAAUCAUUUAAUAUGGAUGUACGAACGAUUUCAGUGUUUAAAUGCGGAUGUCAUAGCAGAGGAAAUAGAGAACAUGUACCGGAUUGUCUACAAACUAUCCCGCCAGCUAGCUUAUAAUCCUGUGGCUAAACGUGCCGCUGAACAAGUCCGUGUUAAAAUUGAGAAAUUCCGGGUAUAUUUACCGGUAUUGGACGCCAUCUGCCGUCAUGGCUUAGAGGAUCGCCAUUGGGAAAUGAUAUCCCAACAUAUGGGCAAAGAAUGUAAUCCAGCGCUUUACCCGAGUCUGAAGGACAUGAUAGAUGCUGGCAUCAUGUCUAUACUGCCCCAACUGGAGGAAAUUUCCAUUGCAGCGGGCAAAGAAUACGAUUUGAAUCAAUUGCUGGAGAAUAUGCGCAACGAUUGGAAAUCCGUUUGCUUUGAUGUUUUACAGUACCGUGAUUCCGAUACCCAUAUUUUGGCCUCUUUAGAUGAUAUCCAAACACUGUUGGACGAUCACCUUAUGCGUACCCAAGCCAUGAAGAGAUCACCUUACAUUGUUGCUCUUGGCUCUAAGGCUGAUGAUUGGGAAAAGCGUUUGGCACUUAUACAAAAUAUUAUGGAUACCUGGACGGAAGUCCAAAUUACAUGGAUGUAUUUGGAACCGAUAUUUUGCUCCGAAGAUAUUAUGCGCCAAAUGCCGCAAGAAGGUCGUAGCUUCAAGGCGGUAGAUAAGAUAUGGCGUCGUAUCAUGCGUCACACUUUGGAUGAUUUACAUGUAAUGGCAGCCACAGAUUAUCCAGAUAUGUUGAAUAUAUUCAGAAAAGCCGUUGAGGAUUUGGAAACAGUUCAAAAGGGAUUGAACACAUAUUUGGAACAAAAACGACUGUACUUUGCACGUUUUUUCUUUUUAUCGAACGACGAAUUAUUGGAGAUUUUGUCCGAGACAAAGGAUCCAUUGCGUGUCCAACCACACUUGAAGAAAUGUUUUGAAGGGAUAUCACAGCUAACAUUUGAUGAUAAUUUGGAAAUAACCGGCAUGGUGUCCGACGAAGGAGAGAAAGUAGCAAUGGUCAGGAAGAUUAAUCCGCAGACUGCAAAUGGUCUCGUUGAAAUCUGGCUGAAAGAAGUUGAGAGUGCCAUGCUGGACAGUGUCAAAGAACAAAUGAAAUAUGCUUGGGAUGAUUAUUUUGCUGUUGAACGUAUUCAGUGGGUUGUAUCCUGGCCGGGGCAAGUUGUACAAUCCAUCUCAUGCAUGGCAUGGACAUAUGAGGUUGAGGAAGCCAUCGAAACGUUUACUUUGCCAACAUACAUGAAUAAACUAAACUCACAGAUUGGAGAUUUGGUAAAUCUGGUUAGAACAGAUCUAAAUAGCGGGACCAGAUUAACAAUUGAGGCAUUAAUUGUUCUCGAUGUUCACGAUCGCGAUGUGGCCAAAUAUUUAUUGGAUGUUAAUGUCACCUCAUUACUAGAUUUCGAUUGGUUAUCUCAGCUGAGAUAUUACUGGAAAACUACAGAAAAACGCGAAGAAUGGGUCUGUGUUAGUAUGGUUGUGACCGAUGUCAAAUAUGGCAUGGAAUAUUUAGGCAACACCACCCGUUUGGUAGUAACUCCCCUUACCGAUCGUUGUUAUAGAACACUCAUGGGUGCUUUAAAACUUUGUCUGGGUGGAGCACCCGAAGGUCCAGCUGGAACUGGAAAAACAGAAACAUGUAAAGAUCUGGCCAAAGCUGUAGCCAAAAAAUGUGUCGUCUUUAAUUGUUCGGAUGGUUUGGAUUAUAAGGCGCUAGGUAAAUUUUUUAAGGGUUUAGCACAAUCCGGCGCCUGGGCAUGUUUCGAUGAAUUCAAUCGUAUCGAAUUGGAGGUAUUGUCAGUUGUUGCUCAACAGAUAUUGACGAUACAACGAGCCAUUGGCAGGAAAGUUGUGCGUUUCUAUUUUGAGGAUACAAUGCUGCGCUUGGAUCCAACAUGCUCGAUAUUCAUUACCAUGAAUCCUGGCUAUGCUGGGCGUACUGAACUUCCCGAUAACCUAAAAGUACUUUUUCGAACAGUAGCUAUGAUGGUGCCAGAUUAUGCAAUGAUCGGUGAGAUCACAUUAUAUUCAAAUGGAUUUGACGAAGCACGUCAAUUAGCUCAAAAAAUUGUACUUGCAUACAAGCUUUGUUCGGAACAGCUGUCAUCGCAAUCACAUUACGAUUAUGGUAUGCGUGCAGUGAAAUCUGUUUUGUUGGCUUCGGCAUCAUUGCGUCGCUUGUAUCCCGAUUUACCGGAAUCACAAAUAGUUUUACGCGCCAUUGUUGAUGUGAAUUUACCAAAAUUCCUGGAGCAGGAUGUUUCGUUAUUCGUUGGUAUUUACACGGAUCUUUUUCCUGGAACGGAAUUACCGAUGCCCUCUCGUGAUGAUCUUAUGAAAUGGCUGAAAAUAACCUUGGCCGAAAGGAAUUUGCAAGCAACACCUUGGUUUGUUGAGAAAAUUUUACAAAUCUAUGAAAUGUUAUUGGUCAGACAUGGUCUAAUGGUAGUGGGUGGACCAAUGGGUGGAAAAACUACAGCUUGGCAGGUGCUUGCCCAUUGUUUGCGUUGCCUAGCCAACGAUGAGACAGCCACAUUGCGUGAAUAUCCAACGAAUUAUCGCAUUAUCAAUCCAAAAGCCAUAACUAUGGGCCAACUCUAUGGUCGUUUUGAUCCCAUCUCACAUGAAUGGUAUGAUGGUGUUUUGGCUAAGACAUUUCGUGAAUUUGCCACAGCUGCUGCGAAUGAACGCUAUUGGAUUUUCUUUGACGGUCCAGUCGAUGCUGUUUGGAUUGAAAAUCUAAAUACCGUUUUGGAUGAUAACAAAAAGCUGUGUUUGAUGUCUGGUGAAAUUAUCACCAUGACCAAGCUAAUGAAUAUGAUGUUUGAACCGGCCGAUUUGGAACAGGCAUCGCCGGCAACUGUAUCGCGUUGCGGUAUGAUAUACAUGGAGCCUGCUCAAUUGGGUUGGCGUGCUUUGCAUAGCAGUUUUCUCAAUGUAUUAUCGGAGAAUGUGGGCCUCAACGAUAUUUAUAUGACAUUGUUUGAGGAAAUGGUGGAAUGGUUAGUCCCAGCAGCUUUGGAUAUCUUAACGGAUUGUAAGAAAAUGUUGGAGACAUCUGCAAUAUAUCAAUAUCAAAUGUUCUCCCGCUUCUUCUUCCACUUCCUGGAUAAACAUAAAUCCUUUAAUCAGGUAUGGUUCCAACAAAUGUUUCUGUUUUGCUUUGCGUGGGCUUAUGGAUCGCAUUUACAAGUCAAAGGCAUUAAACAUUUCGAUAGCAUGAUACGGAAAAUUCUUUAUGGUGCCAAUGAGAACUAUCCGCGACCUAAAUACUUCUCCCUAAAUCGAGGACAAAUGUUUCCCGAAAAACUGACCCUUAUGGAUUAUCGUUUCGAUGAACAAGAAAAUUGGUGGACAUGGCAAAAGUCAGGUGACGAUCCCACAGCUGUCACAUCAUUAUUUCCAGAGGGAGCUCAAAUCAGUGAACUAAUCGUACCAACCAAUGAGUCUGGUUAUCUAACAUAUUGGCAAGAAUUUUGCUUAAAUUUGUCAUAUCCUAUGCUGGUUAUUGGUCCUACCGGCACGGGAAAAAGUGCUAUAUUGACGAACAAUUUAAUGGCGUUACCCAAACAAUCGAAUAUGAUUAACAUCAUUAACUUUUCCGCAAGAACAUCGGCGCAAUUGGUACAGGAUACGGUUAUGGCGAAAUUGGAUAGAAGACGCAAAGGUGUCUAUGGUCCACCCGUGGGGAAAAAAUGUAUUGUGUUUUGUGAUGAUGUUGCGAUGCCCAGCAGAGAUACCUAUGGAUCUCAACCACCGCUGGAAUUAGUGCGCCAAUGGCUAGACCAUGGCUAUUGGUCUGAUUUAACCGAUACAAGCAAAAUUGACUUAAUUGAUAUGGGUUGUAGCAUGCAACGUUAA